AUGCUGGAUCCAGGAGAGUUUGGAAGGAAGAAUCAAGUGGGGAAUCGAGCAAAGCGAGUGAUGCAAAAGUUGUUUUGGGGGCAGUCUGUGAUUUGCAUCAUGGGUUUCUACUGUUUUACUACAUCAACACUUCUGGCUACACACAGAGUUUCUCUGGCCCCUUGUGCACCAAACGUUCAAGAACGAAAUAAUUCACAGCGAACGCUCAAAGAAGACGCGACCUGCACACCUAAAGUCAACCUGAUGUUCAUGAAGACCCACAGGACGGCCAGCAGCACUUUGAUGAACCUUCUCCUGCGCUUCGGAGAAAAGCACCAGCUGAAGUUUGCUCUACCAGACGGCCGUAAUGACUUCUUCUACCCGUCUAGCUUCUUCCGAACUCAAGUGAAGAGCUACCAGCCGGGCCUGUGCUAUAAUAUCGUGUGCAACCACAUGCAAUUCAAUGCACCUGAAGUGGAGAAGCUGCUCCCAGCGGACGCCUUCUUCUUCACCAUCCUACGAGAUCCCACAGAGCUUUUUGAGUCUUCGUUUCACUACUACAAAGGCAACGUGCCCCAAAAAUUGUGGAGAAUACCUGAAGGAAACCAACUGGAAGAGCUUCUCAAACGCCCAAACCGCUACUUCAACCCAAAGGGGAUCAACGCUUUCUACCUCAAGAAUCGACAGUUUUUCGACUUCGGCUUCGAGAAUCAUUUGGCAGCUGGUGAUCCGAGAGUCCAUCACUGA